CGGACCCCUCCUUAUAUAGGGGAAGGGGUCCGUAUUACAAAAUACAGUCCAUAUCCCUAACGGAAUAGGUAGUUACAGAUAAGAUUCAAUCGUAACCGACUAAGAUCCCGAGUAUUUCCUUAACAUACAAGUUUGGAAUUUAACCCAAGUCCCUUUAAAGAUAUUCUAUCUAUACAUGGCACCCCAUACCUAGUCGGAUUAUACAUGCCGUGUAGGUAUGGGGUAUCCAUAAUCUCCACAGUAGCCCCUGAGACCUUUACAGUCAACAAAAUAGUUUUCUCUCGUAAUCCCAAACGAUAAUCCGAGCACUCCAACUUCUUCUGCCUUGGUCUCCCGAGUAUCAAAAUCAAAGACUGUGAAUGGCUGAAAAUAGAAAAAAUCAGGUGCAUCGACUAGAUGCACCUAAUUAGGUGUAGCCCCCGACUAAGUGAUUAGUUAAAAAAACUAAACAUAUAGUCAAGGUGUAAAUAACAUCCAACCGAGUGGUUUUACAACCGAAUCAUCCAAAGUAUCAUACAACUAAGCAUAUGAGACGUUUGAUAAAAUAUCCAGCCGACUGCUUUAGCUUUGAUAUACCAAAAAUGGAAAUAUAAAGAAACCCGAGUAAAAAAUACUAUAAGGUCCAUAAUCCAACACAUAUGACAAGAAUCCGAGUAAAAACUCUCAAAAAGAUCCAUCAAAUGUGAUAUAAAUCGAUGAGUCUAAAUAACCUAGGCCAUGACUCACGUCAUAAUCAAAAUAAGCAUAUAACAUGCCGAGAGAAUGACUAUUCAAAAACCAGUCACCUCAACAAAACCCAAAUAGUUUUUGCAGCCUAAAAAGGCCUACAAAAUCAGUAUAACACUUUUCUGUCAGGCACCUUUUUAUUUGCAUUGUAGUAAUUCCACAGAAUUAUCUAACUGCGUCAAAAAGGAUUUUAACAGCAUUGGGCUAUAUUGUCGUGAGCAAGUGUUGCCAAAGCAAAAACAAAUGCCUAAGCCCCUAAGGAUCACAACUUAACCACGCUGAUAGCAAAACUGGGCUGAAGUACUGUUUAGGCCCAGGCCCAUUAGUACUCCCGAUACCCUAAUGAGAUAACACCGAAGGCAUAGCGUCGUUUUGUCUUCCCCGCCGAAACUCUUGCCACUUUCCCUACUCACUGCUAUAGUGCGAAAUCACUUCGGUGAAGCUAGGGUUCACAAAUCCCCUCCAAUCCAUCCUCCAAAGUUCCACAAAAAUCUUCCGCGCAACCACCGCAUCGAUCUCCUAUCCAUUCCCGGCCAUAUUUCAAACCAAAUCGCAUCAUCCAAUUUGCAUCCAUGGCAGAGGAGAGAGAAAGCUUUGAAAGUCAGUGGGUGCCCUCUGAUGUGACAGAGGAAAACUUGAAGGAGAUGGUGGCGCACGGCGUUCUUCCGGCAAAGGAGAUCAUUGGGUGGCGUCCGGCGUGCGGCGAAGCAUUUCCAACCCCUGACACACAUGAGGUCGUGGUAUUUUCUCAUUUCUUCUAUGGAAGAUUUUCUCUUCCAACCUCAAGAUUCUUCCGGGGGAUUUUGGAAUUUUAUGGGAUUAGUUUGCAUCACCUAAACCCCAAUUCCAUAGUCCACAUUGCCAAUUUUAUCCAUGCUUGCGAGGCUUUCCUGGGUAUAAGACCGCAUUUUUCCCUGUUCCGUCGCAUCUUCUUCCUCAAGCCUCAGCCAAACAAGAGCAAACCAUGUGUUGUCGGGGGAGCCGGUUUCCAACUAAGGGGAACCUUGAGCCAAAAAUACUUUUCCAUGCCCUUCAAAACUUCGAAUAAGGGUUGGCAUGCAAAUUGGUUCUAUGUGCAAAAUCCCGAGCCAGCGCUUCCCGAGUAUUCUUGUCUACCUCCAGUAUAUCAAGACACCUGGAACUCGCUUCCCAUGGGAGAUGAGGUGGCCCAAGCACUUGCCCUGAUCGAUCGCAUGCUGAAGCUCAAAGAGCAAGGUCUGCAAGGAGAGCAGAUCACCCGGCAUUUUAUUAAAAGCCGACUAGCGCCAAUUAAAGAGAGAUCCCGCACAACCUUUGAGUUUGACGGCAAGCAUGACCCUAACCGUGAAGAUCUAGAUUCUCUUGAGUUUAAAGUCAUGAAGGAGAGAAUGUACAAAAUCUUCUCGAAUGCUAUCGUGGUCAGUUAUUCGCACUUGUUGCCAGUGGUGCCAUACAACGCCUUCAACCCUCCUCCGCGGGUAUGUAUCAAACAUCUCAGCCCUUCUCAAAAGCAUGCUUUUAUCUUCUGCAAAGUUAAUUGAAAGCUUGGAAUAUCAUGCCCAGGAAUUUGCCUUGAUGAAGUCGGAUCCUCCAAUUGCUCAACAUCGCUCGCCCCGUCGGCAGACUAGUCAGGCGAGUGGAGUACAAAAAAUUCGGUCCGAUACUCAACCAAACACCUCGAAAUCGACUAACCAGUCAGACUCCCGUAAGAGGAAAUUGGUCCUGAGCGAUGAUGAAGGUGAUGAUGCCGGCAACAAAGGGGUGACCGAAAAACAGCCAAGGCAAGCCAAUCCAAAGAAGAAGACAUCCAGUCGUCCCAUACCAAAAAUCAGGAAAUCAUCUAGGUACAAGUCGUUUAGCAAUUUCCUUUGUAUCGCCAGUCACUCACUAUUGAAGUAGUACUGAUAGCAUAUCUCAAACUUGCAGGAAGCCAUCUGAUAUAGAUCCUUCCGGAAAAGACCCUGAGCCGAAUGGCGCGGAGACUAGUCCUUCAACAGAAACCAGGCCGACCGCCGAAGGUCGCCCGAGUGAUAAUCAACCAGCAACCGAUAAUGUAGAGGCCAGCAACGAGCCCCCGACUGGAAACCAGUUGGCCGAAGCUGAAGCCAAUGUUGAACAGGAGCCCCCGACUAGAGACCAGUCGGGUACAGAACAAAAUAAGGACAUCCCAGAAGUAGAAACUCAAGCUAACAGCCCUCCCAGGAAGGACGCUGGUGUUGACCCGGGAUCCAACUCUCCUGUUAGGAUAAAAGGACCUGCUCAUCCCCGACCGGAAAUCAUAACAGGCCCAAUGAUUGGUGACAAAGAAGAGGUCCUCCGGAUACGAUCGGCUGAAGAUUCUCGCCCACCCAUAUUAGUCAAGUGGUGAGACGAUGAAAUGCAUCCACAGGGAAUCGUGAUAAAUAAACAGAAGGAAGACGAGGAAGUGUGUCUGCUGAAAAAGACACUUGGACAAGCUACCCGUCUUGUAAAUAGAAUCCAUCUUAGAAAUGAGGCAAAAACUGCAAUCCUCGAGAAAUUGGUUCCCCACCUUGGAACCCUGGAAGCAACCAGAGAUCAACUGCGUGAAGCCAAGGAGCUUGCUAGGAAGACUGAGCAUGACCUUAGAGACCGGAUCGCCGAGCUCCAAGACUCCAACUUUGAGCUAAGUGGUUCAUCAAAAGUGAAAGCUGCCAAGAUAUCCAAGCUAGAAAGGCGAAUCCAGGCUCUGGAGAAAGACAAGGUCGAACUGGCAAAACAGAGGGACUCGGCUCUGAAAGAUGUCGAAGAUCGCAAAAUCAAAUCCCAGGCUCAAUUCGACAUCUUGGUUAACAAAAUCAAGAAGCUUGAAGGAGCUAGAGAUGAAGUCGCCAAUGCCGCUACGCCACUCGUCCAGGCCAUGUUUUUCAAUAACAAUGGUCCGAGUUCAAUUGAUGCUGUCGAAAUCUUCGACAAGCUUAGAACUGCUCCGGAUACAUAUUUUAAGAACAUCAAAGAAGCUGGAAGUAUGGGGGCAAGUCUAGAGUUGGCGAUGACCAAGUCCUUGUACCCGAAGAUUGAUAUUGAUGUUGUUGACGGCUUCGCAGACGGGACAAGUGAGGAAGCCGCCCUUGACCUCAUCAGUGAUGCGCAAAAAGCUGCCGACAAGAUAGCCGCUGAUGUAGUUGAGAGGUUACAGGACAACGAUCUUAAGCCGACUGGGUCUGAUAACUCUAAUGAUUAAAAAACUGAAUCUGAUUGAUUGUGUAUUCUGAUGAUAAUGAUGAUGAUGAUGGAGGCACAAUUUGUACAAUACUGAUGAAUUUAUG